CCUGCUUCGAGUCUCGGGGUGCUCGAUUCUUCAGGCAAUCACAAUGUCAACCGACACAGACAUAUCACUCUCUUCGUAUGAUGAAGGCCAGGGCUCUAAGCUUGUGCAGAAAGCUAAAGAGGCACUAUUUGUCCCUAUUGGAAUGGCAGGGUUUGCAGCAAUUGUGGCAUAUGGCUUACAAAAGCUGAAGAAUAGAGGAAAUACAAAAAUGUCCAUCCACCUCAUCCACAUGCGAGUCGCAGCCCAAGGCUUCGUCGUGGGAGCCAUGACCCUUGGUAUGGGCUAUUCCAUGUAUAAGGAGUUCUGGGCCAAACCUAAACCUUAGAAGAAAUGAUGCUGUGCUUGAGUCCUGUUG